CCACCUACGUCACAUCCGCUCCAGUAAUUCCGAAUCUGGAACCCGCGCGAUGAAGAGAGCGUUUGUGACCGUCGGGACCACCAGUUUCGACGACCUCGUCGCUCGUGUGGUCGCCAACGAUACGGUUCAGAUACUCAAGAGUCUGGGUUACAACCACCUUGUCCUACAAAUUGGUAGAGGCACUGUGGUGCCUGAGCCAUUCAAUACUGAGCCAUUCACUCUGGAUGUUUACAGGUAUAAGGAGUCUUUGAAAGAAGACCUUCAGCAAGCUGAUCUUGUCAUUAGCCACGCAGGUGCAGGAAGCUGUUUGGAGAGUCUAGAAAAAGGCAAGCCACUUGUGGUAGUUGUAAAUGAAAAGUUAAUGAACAAUCAUCAAUUUGAACUGGCAAAGCAGUUACACAAAGAAGGCCAUCUCUUCUAUUGUACUUGCAGGGUCCUGUCUUGUCCUGCGCCAGUCAGCCUUCUUUGUUUGUGCUUCGGAAGUGCUAAGAUUCUGCAGCCCUGCCAAGAACUGGCUUCUGCCAGACUCCAGCUACUUUGAUACCUGCAUACACAAGCUCCAGGUACUUUGUGGCCACUCGCAUAUUCUUCGCUGUGUUCUGUGUUUUCCUCUUUUCCACCCCUCUGUACCUUUCUUCUCAUCCCAUGCACAAUGCAUAAAGGAUGGAAAAAGUACUGCGGCCAGAAGUCUCUGAAUGAGGCAUCAAUGGAUGAGUAUUUAGGCAGUUUAGGGCUGUUUCGAAAGGCUGUUGCCAAGGAUGCCUCUUGCCUCUUUCGUGCUAUUUCUGAGCAGUUGUUUCACAGCCAGAUCCAUCAUUUACAUAUCAGAGAGCUUUGUGUCUGUUAUAUGAAGGAAAUCAAAAGCUUUUUUGAGUCUGACGUAGAGGGAUCUUUUGAGAAAUACCUGGAACGGUUGGGAGAUCCUCAGGAGAGUGCUGGCCAGCUGGAACUAAGAGCUCUUUCUCUAAUUUAUCAUCGAGAUUUCAUUCUAUAUCGUUAUCCUGGAAAGCCACCAACUCAAGUCACAGAUAAUGGCUUUGAAGACAAGAUUCUUCUCUGUUAUUCAAAUAAUGGCCAUUAUGAUUCCGUAUAUUCAAAAGAAUUUCAAUCAACUGCAGGAAUUUGUCAAGCUAUAUUAUAUGAACUUCUUUAUAAAGACGUAUUCGUUGUGGAUGAAGAAACAUUGAAAACUGCAGUUGAUUUGUUUCGAAGUGGUUCCAGGAGAAACAGACACAAUGCUUUGAGUGGAAGUAUAGAAGGCAGUACUGAUCAAAAGAGCUCAACCCAAGAGAGAAUUGAAGAGGUUGGUGCCUGUUCUAGUGUCCCAAGUACACCAGAUGGCAGUAAACAAGGAACAGAACAACAAAAGGUUCCAGAAAGUCCAUCAAAGAUGCUGUUUCCCUAUAAGGUACUGAAAGGUCUGGAUCCAGAAAUCUAUCGCAACAUAGAAUUUGAUGCUUGGUUGGACACUAGAAAAGAACUUCAAAAAUCAGAUUGCCUGGAGUAUGGUGGAAGAUAUUACUAUUUAGGAGACAAGUGUCAGGUUUGCAUGGAACCAGGUGGAAAAUAUUAUAAUGCUCACAUUCAGGAAAUUGAUAAUGAGAAUACCUCAGUCUUAGUUUUCAUUGAGGAAUUUGCAGAAAGGCAUUUAAUUCCGAUGGCCAAUGUAAAACCAGUCAACCAAGUGGCACUUCUUCCUACCUGGAAUACUAUACCAGUUCGCACCGGAAGAGGUUACCACACUAUAAAUGGAGCCUAUUUCCCCGAAAUAGUUAUGACGGACAUGAAUGUGACGAAGAAGAUGUUCAAAAAAUUUCGAGGGAAAGAGAUUUAUAUGACCAUGGCAUAUAGUGGGGGGACCCCAAUUGUCCCACCCAGGAUUCAGCGUAGUAUGCAUUAUGGGCAUGACCCUCUCUACUACUCACAGACAACGACCAAAUUAUGUCUAGUGGUAUUUUUGCCUCAACAUUCAUCUGAUGGCCGAGGGAUAUGGGGGCCCAGGGAUUCAUCUCACUUAGUAAAAAGGCAAAACAUGCCAAAUCCUAAAGUUGGGAUUUACCCUGGCCCGGGCAAAAAAUGCUGCCAGAGCUAUGAUAAUGUCUCUUAUAGGUCUCGUUCUUUUAGGCGUAGCCAUCGUCAGAUGCAUUGCAUGAAUAAGGGAUGCCAAUAUGGUUUUGCCCCAGAGAAUGGAGUGGAAGAAACUGUUACAUUUUAUGCACUUGAAGAAGGGAAUGAGACUGCUUAUUCAUCUUUACCUAACAAUACUGGUCCACAAAGCGUUCUGCUACUUCAGGAUGCUGUUAACGAGCAGGACUAUAAUUCAUAAACAGACUUGAAUUCAAUUAGUAAUGACCACUGUGAUAAUGGAGGAUAUCAUGGAGAUUAUCUUUAUUCUUCAGAACAAGGCUAUGAAACUUCCAGUGUGUAUACCACAACUGUAUCUACAGCUAACCUGUCUCUUCAGGACAAUGGACCAUGUUCUGUGCCUCAAGACACAGUUACCUCAUACAACUAUCCCCAAAAGGUGUUGGAAAAUUCUGCAGCAAUUGCAGUUUCUUGGGCCAGCCAUGUUCCAGUUCCAGUUCCAGUCACAGUCAUUUCUAACUGUGCAGGAGAUAAUCAAGCUGUUAGUACCUCUGAUGUUUCCUCACAGAAUGCCAUACAACCUGUCUUUGUACCUCCACUCCCACAAGACAGUCCAGCCUAUCUUCAGCCUUCAGCAGCGGCAGCAGCACCAGUGGCAACACCGGUGGCAACACCACUACCACUGCCACCUCCAUUGCCUCCUCCUCCUGCCACUCCUCUUGAAGCAGGAGAUGCUUCAGGGUUUCCUCUUCCACCACCGCCGCCACCUUAUUCCUAUGAUCCAAGUGGAAGUGAUCUCCCCCAAGAUACAAAAGUUUUGCAGUACUAUUUCAAUCUGGGAUUGCAGUGCUAUCAUCACAACUAUUGGCAUUCCAUGGUCUAUAUGCCACAUGUGCAGCAGCAGCAGCAGCAACAGCAGCAGCAGCAACAGCAGCAGCAGCAGCAGCAACAGCAGCAGCAACAACAGCAGCUUCAUGGAGAGGGUUAUCCAGAUUGUACUGAGCAACCCCUGGUAGACCAAAGCGUUCCUCCUGUGUACAGCGAUGUGGCGAGAGCAGAUGGUGCACACACAGAUAUAUCAACAAAUGAUACUUUUCCCAUUGCUGAUGCUGUACCUGUCCCUCAAGGAGCAGUCUACUAUCCAGUAAUGGCAGAUCCCUAUGGAUCUCCUUUGUCAGGCUUUGAUUCCUACAUGCCUGUUGCAUCAGAUUAUUCCAGUAUUGCCAUGUGGCAUCCAGUUGGUGCAGCAUAUGGUGCUUCUACACAAAUCCAUGGUGCUAUAAAUCCUGGGCCAAUUGGCUAUAUGAUUCUACCUAACUCACCUCAGUAUACACCUCAGAAUUAAGAUUUGGCAACAUCAAAUACUUUUGCUGCCAUUUUUACUGUUAUGGUUCAUAAAUGUCUUACGUUAGUUCUUAAGUGGUUUAGUUGGAAAGAAUGUUCACUCUAUCUUUAAAAUUUUACUUUUGAAGUAAAAUAUUUCUUUAAAACAAAGACAUACUACUUUUUGUUAUGAAUAAGAAAAUUGCAACGAAUGUACCACUAGUCCCUAUAAUGGGCAUGUUCAUUGGAGGCAGCUUCCUGUUAGCUAGCUUAUUAAAAUUGUAUUAACUGAUGGUGCCAAUUGAUAAAAGGAAGGAAAACAUAUAAGCUAUUUUCUUAUAUGAUACAUCUUAAUCAAUUAUUUAAAGCUAGUGUGAUUUCCAUUUUUCAAAACAUUUAAGAGACAAAGCAUCCAGCCUGUGCUCCUGGGUAUUUGUUUAUAUUAAAUGAGACCUUUUCAGGUUUCUUUCAGAAUUGUCAGAACUGAAUUGCAAUCUGAUAUUAAGCAGUUUUGAAGGCACAUGGUGUUCUGCUUUCCAUUUCUCACCAUAUGGUAUUGUUUAAUACUGGAUUUACAGAACUGUCCUACUGCACAGUAUUACAGGAUCCUUUGCACAAUUUGCAGUAAAUAAAAACUAGCAUUGAAAAUUGCCAAAA